AUGGUCAGAGCAAGUGGCUAUCUUGGUGGACACCAUAUCAAGGCUGCUGUCGAGAGUGGCUUCAAAGUGCGGGCAGUAGCCAGGUCGAAGUCCUCGGCGCAGAAGAUUCAGGCAUAUUUUCCUCAUUACAUGGGCCAACUGUCGUACAUUAUUGUACCCGACAUCACGAAGGUGGAUGCCUACGAGCAGGCCUUCAGCGACGUCACAGGCAUCAUGCACUCGGCCUCCCCAUUUCUCCUAGGGCCCAAAGACAUUAUCAAGGGUCUACUGGAACCAGCGAUCCACGGCUCCAUCGCUAUACUAGAGGCGGCUUAG